AUGCUGUCGGAAAAAGACACCAAGACGAUACCUGAUGACCCGGAGGUCAUAGAUCUAGCACCUGUCACAGCAGAAAAUGAAAAAUCAUGCGGAGCAUCCUCUGAAUUUGCCGUGAAGAGUAACGUGCGUGGCUGUCUGCAAGUCCUCGGUGCAUUCUUUAUAUUCUUCAAUGUUUGGGGAUUGAACUUCUCAUUUGGGGCAUUUCAAAGUUACUAUGCACUCACUUACAUCCCAUCAUCAACAUCGUCUGACAUCGCCUGGAUUGGCACAGUUCAAUCCUGGCUUCUAAUCGUCGGCGGCCUACUAUCCGGCCCACUUUUCGAUCUUGGCUAUAACCAAAGCAUGCUCAUUAUUGGUAGCUUGGUGAGCGUUCUCGGCAUGAUGAUGCUCAGUCUCGCAGAUAAGUACUACUCGAUAUUCCUCAGCCAAGGAGUUUGCAUGGGCCUCGGAUUUGGACUGCUUUAUGUACCCGGUAUUGCAUUAGUCAGUCGUUCAUUCACCAAGCGAAGAGCUAUUGCACUAGGUGCAGCAACCAGUGGUGCACCUGCUGGGGGUAUCAUCUAUACAAUUAUAUUCAAUGAGCUCAUCUCCAAAGUUGGGUUUCCCUGGACAACCCGUGUCAUCGCAUUCGUGAUGCUUGCACUUUUUAUUACAGGUGCUAUCUUGCUUUUGGGACCGGAGAUUGGAAAAAGAACGGCGAAGGUUGAAAAUACCCAGCGCCGAAGCUUGAUUGAUACGCGUGCUUUCAAGGAUUUGCCAUUUUGGAGUUUUGCUGUUGGCAACUUUUUCCUUUACCUGGGUUACAUCACGCCGUUUUAUUACAUUCCAACUUAUGCGCAAACAAAAUUGGGGACAUCACGCUCAAUGGGGUCAAAUGUCUUGAUGAUUUCACAGGCUGCCUCGGUUAUUGGCCGUGUUGUCUUGACUCUGUUCGCCAAUCGCUAUGGAUCGAUGAUCUCGUGGAUUGUUUGCGGUGUACUCUCAGGUAUGCUGUGUAUCUGUUGGAUCAGUGCAGACAGCCUUGUGCGUUUUAUUCUUUUUGGUGCCUUCUAUGGUGGUAUCUCCGGGGCUUUGAUUCCGCUCCCACCCAGCGUUUUCGCCCAUCAGGUGCACUCGCCUCGAUUGGCUCUGGGGGCAGCUCGGACUUGA